GCAGUUCAGUCAGACUCGUGUUAGUGUGAACAGGAACAGAACACUUGAGCAGAAAAUGGCAGAAGUCCCUCCAGCCGCUGCACCGGCCAAAGCCGCCAGGAAGAAGGUUUCCAAGCCGAAGGCAGCUGGCCCCAAAGUCAGCGAUCUCAUCGUUGAAGCUGUGGCCGCAUCCAAGGAGCGAAGCGGCGUGUCUCUGUCCGCCGUCAAGAAGGCUCUGGCUGCCGGAGGCUACGAUGUGGAGAAGAACAAUUCCCGCGUUAAGACCGCCAUCAAGAUCCUGGUCGUUAAUGGGACACUGGUCCAGAUCAAGGGCAUCGGAGCGUCCGGAUCAUUCAAGAUAAGCAAGAAGGUUGCCGAGCCUAAGACCAAGAAGCCCGCAGCCAAGAAAGUCGCUCCUAAAGCCAAGAAGCCCGCAGCCAAGAAACCUGCAGCGGCCAAAAAGCCCGCGGCAGGAAAGAAGUCUCCCAAGAAGGCGAAGAAACCCGCAGCAGCCAUGAAAGCAGCUCCCAAGAAGGCCACCAAGAGCCCGAAGAAGGUCGCUAAAAGCCCGAAGAAGGUCGUUAAAAAGGCUGCAAAGAGCCCCAAGAAGGUGGUGAAAAAGGCCCCUGCAGUCAAGAAAUCCCCCGCAAAGGUCGCCAAACCCAAAGCGAAGAAGGCAGCACCCAAGAAGAAGUGAGCUGUCAUCAGACUGAUCUGACUAAGAUCCACAAAAGGCUCUUUUAAGAGCCACCCAUUUUGUCAUAAUGAGCAUAUUUCUUGUGUCAAUAACUGCAGUCAGAAUAAGAUGAGAGACGAGAUGCAAAACGUCUUAUUAUGAACACGUUUGCUAGUAUGAACAUGUUUGAUCUCAGACAUCGAGACAGUAUGUGCAAUUUGAUAAUAAUGAAUAACCUUAAUAUUCAAAUAAUGUCAUGGUUAUUAUACUUAAGGGGCAAUCCGAUUAACAGAAACAGUACUGUUGAAUAUGUACAAAGUCCAGAAGUGUAGUUAGCGCUAUAACCAGCCCACAGCACACACAGCCCAUCACACACUACAGCCACCGUUCAUCCACAGAUUCAUGCCAUUAUCUUCCAAACUGUUUCUUUUGCUUUAUUUCUGUUUCCAUACUUGAAUAUUAUUAUACCAGUGUCCAAUCUUCAAUUAUUUAAUUUAAAUGUUGCAUGGAUUGCUUUGUUCUGAAAAGGUCAUUUAUUUUAUCUGUAGAACAUUUUUAUAAUAAUUAAACAUAAAUAAAUACAUUAACAGCUGUCAGUCAGCAAAAGCACCCUGCAUAUAUCUCUCUCCAUAUCAAACAGUGCUGACUGUGUAAUUGACAACAGAUGGAAAGCUUCAGUUUCUGCACUUUUUCUCAGUUAAUUCAAUAUGAUUUCUUAAUGUUAUUGGUGUGUUUUAAGGUGACUACUUUUGUGUGUGUAAAUGAAUUUAUAAACUCCUUUUCUUUUUUUGUUUGUUAAACUAGAUAUUGUAUUUUGGGAGAUUUGCCUUUCAGGACAAGGUAGCAGUCAGAGUUAUGGUUAACUCUGACUUUGCUUGUUGAUGUAUUUUGAUAGAAUAACUAUUGUUAACCUUUCACUCAUAAGUACAAAUAAAACAGUGAGGCUUUAA